CCGGCGCGGCGGUUGCUCCGCCUCCCCGGCCGCGGCGGCUGUCACGGGGCGAGCGGGCCGCGCCGGGCUCCUGCGGGGCGGGGGCGGUGCUGCGCGGGGCCCCGCGGCUUCCCCCUCGGCCUGGCGGCGGCCGCCCGGCGGCAUCCGGGCUCCGCCACCAUGUUCAGGCGGAUUCUGCAGCGGACUCCAGGUAGAGGUGGGUCUCAGAGCUCGGAUUCAGAUUCAUCUGCCACACCAGGAAAUGCUGUGGACGUGAACAACGAGGGCUCCUCAGAGGGCUUCAUCUGUCCGCUAUGUAUGAAAGUGUGUGUAACUCCCACUGAUCUGUCUGAACAUUACCAGCAUGAGCACACUGGGACAGAAGGAAGACAGGAGCUUCGUGACCUCCCAGCUGUUACUGGCUUUAUUUGUCCUCUCUGCAUGAAGUCUCAUGGAUCAGCUGAGGAGCUGUUCAAGCACUAUGAAGCAGUUCAUAAUUCUGGCAUCGAUUCAACCCAUGGAGGGGAAGGUCAUCUGUCACCGGAAAGAGAUGAAGUAUCACUGCUCCGACAAGAAGUCCAAGACUUACAAGCUUCACUGAAGGAGGAGAGGUGGUAUUCAGAAGAGCUGAAGAAAGAACUAGAGAAAUUGCAGGGGCAGCGGCAGCAAGAUUCUAAGUCUGAUGGAUUGACAACGGCUAUAUCUACAGAAUCAUUAGAACGGCAGCUAGAAGAGAUCCAAGUAGAAAAUUUUAAUAUUAAGCAAAUGAAAGACUUAUUUGAGCAAAAAGCAGCACAACUGGCCACUGAAAUUGUGGAUCUUAAAUCAAAGUAUGAUGAAGAAAUCAGCCUUCGGGAAGGUGCGGAACAGAAAGUGACAAACCUGACACAGGACCUGCAGAAGGAGAGAAGUACAGUGGAAGACUUAAAGACAGAGCUGCUACAAAGGCCUGGUGUGGAAGAUGUGGCCGUUCUGAAAAAGGAGCUGGUCCAAGUUCAGACGCUGAUGGACAAAAUGACACUGGAACGUGAGAGAGAAUCUGAAAAGCUGAAAGACGAGUGCAAGCACUUGCAGGCGGAGCAGGCUAACUCAGAGGCUACCAUUAACCAGUUAAGAGCUGAACUUGCCAAAGGACCUCAGGAGGUAGCUGUGUAUGUUCAGGAGCUGCAAAAACUUCAAAGUUCAGUCAAAGAGCUAGAACAGAAAAACCAGAGUCUGAUGGAGAAGCUGCUGAAGAAAGAACAGGACUACACCCAGCUGGAAGAAAAACACAAUGAAGUGUCUGUGAGUAAGAAGAACGUGCAGGCAAGCUUUCACCAGAAAGACCUGGACUGCCAGCAGCUUCAGGCAAAGCUGUCUGCAUCUGAAGCCUCGAUACAGAGAUUACAGACAGAGCUGGGUGAGAAGGGGGAAGCAAACCAGAAACUUAAAGAAGAGUUGUCUGAAGUAGAGACAAAGUACCAGCAUCUCAAGGCGGAAUGUAAACAGCUCCAGCAGCAGAGGGAGGAAAAGGAGCAGCAUGGCCUGCAGCUCCAAAGUGAGCUCAGUCAGUUGCACAGUAAACUUCUAGAAACAGAGCGCCAGCUUGGGGAAGCCCACGGGCGGCUAAAGGAGCAGAGGCAGCUGUCGAGUGAGAAACUGAUGGACAAAGAGCAGCAGGUGGCUGAGCUGCAAUUAAAACUUUCACGUGCUGAAGAGCAGCUAAAGGAAAAAGCAGCAAAUUCCACAGAAUUGCAACAUCAAUUAGAUAAGGCAAAACAGCAGCACCAGGAACAGCAGACACUUCAGCAAAAUACUACAGCAAAACUACGAGAAGCCCAGAAUGAUUUGGAACAAGUUCUACGACAAAUUGGAGAUAAGGACCAAAAAAUUCAAAAUCUUGAGGCUUUGCUUCAGAAAAGCAAGGAAAACAUCUCUCUGCUAGAAAAGGAAAGAGAGGAUUUAUAUGCAAAAAUUCAAGCUGGCGAAGGAGAAACCGCUGUACUUAACCAGCUACAAGAGAAAAACCAUGCAUUGCAAAUACAGGUAACUCAGCUGACUGAAAAGCUGAAGAAUCAAUCAGAAAGUCAUAAACAAGCCCAAGAGAAUCUACAUGAGCAAGUGCAGGAGCAAAAGGCACAUCUAAGAGCUGCUCAAGACCGUGUGCUUUCCCUGGAAACAAACAUCACUGAACUAACCAGCCAGCUAAAUGAAAGUAAAGAGAAAGUUUCACAACUGGAUGUACAGGUAAAAGCAAAGACUGAAUUGCUGCUUUCAGCAGAAGCAUCAAAAGCUGCUCAAAGAGCGGAUCUUCAGAAUCAUCUCGACACUGCCCAACAUGCACUGCAAGAUAAGCAACAGGAGUUAAAUAAGGUCAGCGUUCAGUUGGAUCAGGUUACAGCUAAGCUGAAUGACAAGCAGGAAUACUGUGCUCAGCUGGAAGCCAAUCUUAAAGAGUACAAAGAGAAACAUCUUUAUUUAGAACAGAAAACUGAAGAGCUUGAGGGGCAGCUUAAGAAAUUUGAAGCUGAUGUUCUUGAUGCUAAAGCAAGCAAAGAGCAAACUCUUCAGGAGUUACAGCAGCAGCGCCAGCAAUAUACAGAAUUAGACCUCCGAACAGCAGAACUGAGUAAACAACUUGAAGCAGCAAAAGAAGCGUUGUCUAGUGCUAAAUCGGAUUUACAGAAGAAAUCUGAGGCCCUUGAACAAGCAAAACAGCAAAUUUCAAAGCAGGAGGAGGAAAAGACCAGCCUCAAACAAAACCUUGAGAAAUCAAAUCAAGAUACAAGUAAACAACUCAAGGAAUUAGACUGUAAAAUGCAAGCAGCGACAUCAGAGCUGCAACAAGUGAAAUUAGAGAAGGAUACUCUGUUAAAGGACCUUACAGCUACCAAAGACAAGCUCUCAAAAAGUUCUGAAUCCUUCAAAAAAAGAAAGGAGGAAUUAGAAAAGGAAAUACAAAAAGGAAAAGCAGCUGUGACAGAAAUGGAAAAGUCUUACCAGGAAGUAAAACACCAGCUCCAGGCACAAACAGAGUCUGUAGCUAAAGAGAGGAAUGAAUUGAAAAACUCGCUGGAAAAGAAGGAGGGGAUUUCUAAGCAGUUGUCGAUAGAACUCGAUUCAGCACGAGCGCAAGUACUGGAAAUUCAGGGUCUUCUGAAAGAGAAAGAGAAAAGCGAGCAACAUCUGCAGGGAAAGCUGAGAGAGCUGAAGGACUCUUUUGAGCAGAAGAAAAAACAUAGUGAGACACUGCAAGCUGAAUUAAAAACGGCUCUUCUAGAAAAGGCAGAACUGGAGAACAAACUGCAACAACAGUCGAUUUUGUCAGCACAGGAGCUUAAAGCAGAGAAAGCCAAACUUGCAGACUUACAGAAGACCUAUGAAAAACAUAAGGAAAACAUGGAGAAGUUGCAGCUGGACCUUUAUGGGAAAGAAUCUGAGCUGCUGGCAACCAGGCAAGACCUUAAGUCCACAGAAGAAAAGCUUGCUCUAGCUCAAGAAGAAUUAGUUUCCAGCAGAAAUCGAAUCGCUAGCAACAAUCAACAGAUUCAGGAACUGAAGAAAGCAAAGUCGACGCUGGAGCAGGAUGCGUCAAAGAAGGACCAGCAGCUGGGUGAGAAGAGCAAAAUGUUACAGGAUCUUCAGAAUGACAGGAUUUUGAAAGAAAAAGACUUGGCUAAUGAAAAAUGUAAAACAACGGAGCUCCAGGAAAUAAGGAGUAGACUUGAAAAAGAAAGUGCCAAGCUGGGUGAAGAGCUUAGAGCCUGCAAGCAAGAAUUUGAGAAGGAGGUGGCAAAUCUCAAGGAUGCAAAGCAGCUAUUGAUUCAACAGAAAUUAGAGCUGCAGGGCAAAAUAGAUAAUAUGAAUUCAGCUCUGGAACAGGAGAAAAAAACCCAUCAAGCUGUCAAAGAUCAGCUGAAAAAGAGAGAAGAGGAGCUGAAGAAAGAAUGUGCUGAAAUUGAAGCUAAACUGCACACAGAGAAAAAAGAGAAAGAAGAAGAAAGCCGGAGACAUGAGGAAAAGGAGGCUAAGCUCACGAUGCAGGUCACAGCUCUAAAUGAAAACCUGGCUACUAUGAAGAAAGAGUGGCAAAGCAGUCAGAGGCGAGUGAGCGAGCUGGAGAAACAGACGGAUGAUUUACGUGGGGACAUCGCUGUCUUGGAAGCAACGGUGCAGAACAAUCAGGAUGAGAGAAGAGCGUUGCUGGAGAGGUGUAUAAAAAGUGAGGGAGAAAUUGAAAAGCUUCAAGCCAAACUUGUAGAAAUGAAGAAAAAGCUGGACAACACUACUGCUGCAAUGCAGGAACUUGGCCGUGAAAACCAGUCAUUACAGAUCAAACACACCCAAGCUCUCAACAGGAAGUGGGCAGAAGACAAUGAGGUACAGAACUGUAUGGCCUGUGGAAAAGGCUUUUCAGUGACAGUGAGAAGGCACCACUGUAGACAGUGUGGAAAUAUCUUUUGUGCCGAGUGCUCAGCAAAGAAUGCCUUAACUCCUUCUUCUAAGAAGCCUGUCCGGGUCUGUGAUACUUGCUAUAAUGACUUGCAAGGAUAACUGGCGAUCUUGAGUGAGAAAGGAAAUGUUACACUAAAAUCUGUAAUUUCUGUUGAUGCACUUCAUUCAGCACUCAGACUACUAUUCAGUUUGGACAAUGAUUGUGACACUUGGCAAAAUUUAGUAUAUUUUAAAAUGUUUAUUGAUACCAAGUAAAACUAUUGUAUUUUUUGUGAGACAUGGGCUCAGAUCAUCCAUAGCUUAUUGCCAUUUAUCCUGGAAAGAGCUUCUAUGUCUAGAUUAGAAAUACCCAGUUAUUUGUAAAUAAAGUUUAAACAGAGGAGUAACAAUGUAUUUUUUUAUCUUUUAUUUUUUUGUUCAAGAGAAACAGCGUUUACGUGAUAUUGCAGUUUAUUCUUGUUUCCUUCAAAGAAAAAGGAAGAUGCAAAAACUUGCGAGGAAUUUAUGUAUCAAAUGUUGCUGUAAAAGCAGAACUAAUUGUUGCAUUUGAUUGCAUAUCUGAUGUUCUUUAUAACCCCUUGUGAUUUCUAUUUCUUUCUGUCUCUCUGACUUUUCUCUCUAAAUUUCAAACUCCACAGUGAGCGUAAUGGCCGGACUUGACUCCAACUCAGUUUUGUUUGUCCACUUAGAACUUCUUGUAGUAUCAGCACCUGAAUCCAACUACAGCACUUGGAUACUGGAGCAUCUUUACACACACUGUAUUGUGUAGUUUGUGUGUGUGAGUGUGUGUGUGUCUGGGAGUCUGUGUGAAUAAACGAUGAGACAAAGUUUAGCUGGCAUUGUAAGAAUGUUAUAUGGCACAUCACAAUGUUGCAUCUCAUAUUGAUUGCUUUCGCUUUUUCAUAUUCGGUGGAUGGAUUUUAAUAUUCCAGAAACCCUUACAUGUGGGUUUUAAAAAGCAAACAGACAAUACUGGUAGUAGCCUCUAGCGUACUUCCCCCCCCUACCCAUACCCUGGAAGUCCUGAGAGGUUCUUGGGGUUUUAAGGGACAUCCAGACCUUCAAUGCUAGUUAUCCGAAUAAUAAAAAGUCUUUUUUUGAGACUGCUGCAGUUUAUCUGGUCUUUUCUUCUGUCCCUUUUCUCAGCUUUUGGUGGAAGAAGCUGAACUUCUGCUGCGCCUGACAAACCUCAGUUUUUUGUCCCUCCAUCUGAUGCCCGUUCCCGGAAGGGUCUUAAAUGUUAGGUUGGUUAUGGGGUUUAGUCUGCUCAGAACAGUGGUGUGAAUCUCCUGCUACUGGCUUAGUUAUGAGCCAAACAGCUCUAAAUAAGAGGCCAAUAUAUAUGUCUUUAGAUAUUUAUUUGUGUGUUCUUUUCUGUACUUGCAACAGGGGUUUCUUGUAGAGUUUGUGUAGGUUCCAAACUUCUCUUUUGUUGUGAUUUUAUUUACACCUGUUCAUUCUUGCCUGCCUGUGUCUAACUUUUCUUCCCCUGGUAUCUGGUAUUUAAAAACCAUUAAGGUUAUUUCUUUGGGCGGGGGUUACGCAUUCCAAUAUUUAGUGACUCUCUGUCUUAAAUACCCUAAUAAAUUCCCCACACCCCAAGCCCUUUAGUGUCUUACAAAAUUGUGCCAGCUGUUCAGAGGAAAGGACUAUGUCCUGAAUUAUUCUGCUUCUUUCCCAAGAUGAGAAACCAAAUUCUGUCACAAUGAUGAAAGCUUUGCCAUCAUUAGGCAGGUUCCUGUGCUUUUAUCUAUUGACUGCUCUAGAUGUGAACGAAGAAGAGUCUUUCUCAUGAAAAGUUUCUAGUCCUGAUUAACCCUCAAGUGAAAAAACUUUUUAAUCCCUCUUCUCCAGAAGUAGUGAUCUAUGUAUUUCAUAUCCCUUCUUAGCUUAUCUGUCUAGUCCUACCUUUGCAGCCUCAAGAAGUCUUCCUCAAGGAGUUUUCUUACAAUUAAAUUAUUUCCCAAAAGCCAGCUGAGUUGUGUAAACUGAGUUAUGUUGCUGUAAAAUGGUUUGGGAUGGAAUUGUGGUUCAUGUGAAAUACUGGCCUGAUGUUCUGGUUUGAACUUGCUUGCCCAAAAGAAACAAUUGCUGCACCGGUUCCAUAUGAACAGAGCCUCUGGACUUGCUGUUUCUCCCCGUCAGUGUAGCAGUUUGGCAUAAGAAUCUUUUGAAUAGAAACCAUGAAGAGAAUCUCUGCCGCUGGGAAUUUUUUUAUCUACUUAUUUGUUGAGAGAAUCCAAAGAGUUUGCUUUCAAGCCUUUCUUUGUCCGACACAAGACUUCAGAAAUGCAGGAAAGGUAAAGAUGUGACAGUCGUGCUGCAACCCAGAUCCACUCUGUCCUGUUGGGUGACACACGGAGCCUCGUGCUGCUGUUGGGGUGAAGGAUGACCUUGUGGAGCAGAAGGGAUUUUCGGGGGAAGAGAGAAGCUUCCCACAACUGUACAAGGACAAAACACCUGAGGCAGAGCAAGACGGAUAUUUCUCAGGGGGGUAGGGGAAUGAUUGAAAAGACUCACUUAUGUUCAGGCUUUCUGCUUUUGAACGGGAACAUGUGAAAGCUGAGGAGAGCACGCUGCAGUGAGGGGAAGUGGUAGAAGCUCUGGUAGGGUUGUUUUUAAUUCAGCCUUUUGGGAUAACUUGGUGUGAAGUCAAGCAGAGUCACCUCACCCCCUGGCUGCUGAAGCAGGGUGGUUGGUUAACUGCAGAUCAGACCACAAUCUGGAGCUCCUCAGCUUCAGGGGCAAAACCAGCUCAAUUUCUGCAGGUGGUUUUUGCUGACCAAAGUAUAUGACCAACUUUAUGCAGGGAUGGACAUGCUUUUUAAAUACACAGUUUUAGAAAGAGGGAUUGUUAAAGCCUGGAGGAACAGUGCUGUGCUAGAAACUUUUAUACUUGAGCUUUGAGUCUGCAGCAAUAGGCUAGGAUUUCUACAGCUUUUCACUGGAGUAAAUUUACAACUUCAUUGCUGAAUCUUACGCUCCUUCUUUUGUGCUUGUGAUUCUUGGUGCUGGUCUGCAUUUGUUGAUAAGUUGAUGUUAUAAUAGACCCUAUAAUGCUCAAGGUCUCACUGCUUGGUUGGAAGUAGUGCUUGAGCUUAGUGAAAUGACCUAUGAGAUACAUAACAAGGAAAACUGGAAGGCAAAAAGCUUUGUAUUUAAAAAUCUGCCUGCAGAGUCUGACUGUUUUGAUGGGCGUAUUGUCAGUAGGAGUGUGGGGUUUUUAUUGCACUGCUUUAAAACAUAAAUCAUAGGAAAACCUAGUAAAAAUCCUGGUAACUUUUCCCACACUGAGCUAAAGGAUUCCAGACCAGAUAGUUUAAUGCACUGAUUUUUCAGACUGCAAACACAGCAACAGAGGGAAACACUAAUAAAAUGUCGGAAGAAACUCAAACAGCCACUACAAAGAACCAGAUUGCUCAGGUACCCUGAGAAGAGAGAGAGACCAUUAUAAAGCAAGAGGUGGAAAUAGUGGUAAAAGCAGUGCUUGACGCAGUAGGUGUGUGGGAUCCUCACGCUGCCUCUGAUUUCUAGCCAUUACCAUGGUAUCAGGAAUGGGACAGUGAACUCUGGGGUUUGUUCCUGAAACUGUCCCCCCUGCAGGACACUCCAUCCAUAUUCAGAAUCACUGAAGGAGCGGAACAGGAGAGACCACCUGUGACGUGGGCUGAGACAAGCUAUGGAAAAGUGCAAAGGAGAGUCUUUUUAAAGGUGGGGAGUGGGUCUUUAACUUUCUGGAGACAUCAUCCCUCUUCCCAGUCAAAGAGCCACAAUCCCGUGGGCUGUUGCCUCUCAAAUGCCAAAUCCUACUGUUCUUCUCCAAAAUCAUGUCAGCAAUACAAACUUCAUGCUUCCAUCCUGCGAGGCCUCUGGAGGAAGGUUGCAUUGUGGAGGUCAGUGACAAGCUUUUGAUCUUAGCUGGCUGCGCUUCACUGUUAUUUAUUUCUUCUCCCCAUGUGUUCCUCCCCUCCAGUAAUCUUCUCCUUUCUGCAAAGGUUGAACAAAGAGGAUAAAAUUAAUGAGUCGCAGUAGGAAAAGCUGCUGUCUGCAGAUGAAGAGACAAAGGAAUUUUGUGCUGCAGCUUCCAGCAGAGGCAAGAGGUUUAGAGGGAUCUUGGUUUUCAGCUGGCUUCACUUUCUGGCACAAGAGUCCAAGGCUUUAGGGUACAGUGUGGGUUUUUUCCUCUGUUUUUGGAAGGUGUCAAGUAACCAAGUUGCCAUGGAGUGUGGAGCGCUAGGUACACAAGAACAAUGAAUAGCUAUUUUUGUUGGUUUUGGGAGGAUGAGGAUUAUUUGUGAAUCCUGACUGGAAAAACUUUCUUAGUGAAGCAACAGGGGAUUUGGGAGCAGAAGCACGAAGUAACCUUGCUGUGUUUGUAUUACAUUAGCAAGAACAAUUGAGUCUCUCAUCCUAGAUGUAAGAGAAGUGACAUUCCUAAAGAAGGGACCUGGAAAACUCAAGUACUUUUCUGGAUUGUUAAAUGCAAAGUGGAAACAAAUGUUUUUUUGCAAAACUUAAAAAAAUUAUGACCAGUACUCAGUGGCAGACAGAAAACUGCUGGAGCUUAAGUUUCAACAGAAUAUACGCUGUGCCAAAAAGAAUGAUACCAUGGUUUGAGUAUGCUGAAACUGAUAAAUUACUCCUCCGUGUUGCACCCCUCCCACUCUCAUAUUCUUGAGGGACGAGGAAACAACACUGUCAUUUGCACUAUGCACUUUUUGCUGUCUAAGUGAAUAUAAUCUACAGUAAGUGGGAUGGUGUCAUUGGCAUUGCAUGUGUGAGCUGUGAUGGAUGGACAGGAGGUUUAUCUUCGGCUGGACUUUUCACAGAAUCACAGAAUGUUUGGGACUGGAAGGGACCUCGAAAGAUCAUCUAGUCCAAUCCCCCUGCCGGAGCAUGAACACCUAGAUGAGGUUACACAGGAAGGCGUCCACUGUAUUUCAUUUGGCCCCUUGCUAAGUAGGGAGAGUUGCACUCAUUCUUUCGUACCAAACAUGCGAUCAUCAUCUAAGAGCACAUUUAAAAACAAAACCCACAUAGUCAUGCACACAUUGUCUUUGUAGAGCUUCAUUUGAAGAUUAUAAAAUGAGAAAACAUGAAUUUUAUGUCUUUUCAAGAGUCUUGCCAGUUCUCCAGUUCUUAAUUUUUGAAGUCUUGACCUCAGCACCCCUUCUAGGAUAGAUUUAGAAUUAUUGUCCAACCACAGCCUCUCCAAAAGCACCAUGCGGUGCACUUUUCAGAAACAGCAAUAAUUGGAUAGUAAAGUCCCUUGGCAGAAACUCAGGUUUUUGUGUUUUUUUUCUUUUUAUUUUUUAAAUUUUAUUUCAAGGGCCACUGAAUAAAGAGGUUUGCAUAUUUGCAGAGAACAUUAGAUGCCACUUAAAAUAAUGAAGAGAAUAGGUACUAGUUAAUGCAAUAAAGUCUGCCUUUUGUCUUCAGCUCACCACACACUAUGCACUCACUGCAGCAGGUGAGGAGUAUCUGCUCAUUUGAAGAUACCUGAAGCCCUGCUAACCCUUUUGGAUCAGUGUUACUAUGAAAGCAGAAGCCUGGUAGGAGUGUUUUCCAAUUUUUCCUCCCCCUAUGACCCAAACUAAACCCAAAUUAAUCUGUAUUUCCAGCCUUUUUUGGAUGAAGAGGGCUGGUAAAGAGCAUUCAUCGUUACAUGUCAACAGGCCAGUGCUGGCAGGUCCAGGCUCCUGGUGUUGGCUUUAUGGCAAAAUACUUUGUUGUAUCACACUAAAGCUUGAUUCCUGGCACGAAAGGGAUGGUUGAAAGGAUGUCUCACUGGGUUAGCAAAUACCAGAACUUUUUGUAGUAGAGUGUCCAAAAUGCUGCUUGUAUAGGAUUUGUCACUUUUUUAAGAAAAAAUAAAGAUCACACACACAAAAAAAAAUCAACCCCCACCAUUUGAUGUUGUUACGUAAGAUUUCAUUUAAACUACCUCUCAACGUAAUAUUCAAACAUUAGGUAAGUUUAAUAAGGUUUGCUCACUGUCACGUUAUGUAAAAAUUAUAGUUAAUGCCAAAAUUGCAAAAGUCUAUCACCAAAACCAAAACAAGUUAAGGAUUUUCUUUGUAAUGUGUGUGAAAGUAUCCAAUAGCUUCGAGUCAUCAUAAACUUCUGUAGUUUCAUUCUUGCAAACUGUAGCUGCUGGACAGGAAAUAAAUCAUAACCACAGGCUUUCAUAAUCACGGUCUGCUGGGUAAAAACAAUUUUGUAUGCAGCUUUGUCAUUUGGCCAUAGGUAGCCUCAUUCACCAAAUGUACCAUUAAUUUUAUCUUUUGGUUUUUUCUUCAGUACUUGAGACGUGAACUUGAUGAAUGGUGUUCUGUAAUGGAUGCGUGCUACGAAUUACAUUGUCUUGUUUGCCUCUUUUCUGAAUUUGAAUGACCAGUUUACUAUUGCAGAUGUGAAUAUUGCUCAUACAGCUUAAUUUCUGUAUAAUUGUAUAAAAUAUAAAUGGAAAUUUUUAAAGUUCUUACCCAGUAGUUAGAGGUAAUGUAUUAUGCUCACCUUAUGUUGCAGUUUUACCUACAGCAUACUGCACUUUUAAACUGGAUCACACCAUCAUCGUAGGUGUAGAUAGAUUUGUUUGUUUGUUUGUUUGUUUUUUGCAUGAAUGUGCUUUGGUUUUGUUUCUUUUUCAUUUAAGUUCGAUUCUCUUUAGUUCUGUUUUCAGUGUUUGUGUUUACUACUUGUGACCAUGUAGUUGUGCCUUACAUUGUGGAAGAAUUUAGUCCAGCGUGCACUGUAAUUCCUCAACUCUGUGAUUUGGAAGGUGGCCGUGGAUUUGGGUGAGAAAAUGACACCAUGCAUCAACCAGUUCUGUAUAAACUAUGACGAAAUGUUAUCAAAAUGUCACUUUUGUUUUCUAACCUGCUAAAGGAAUGAUUAAUGACAAUAAAAAAGAAUAAAUUAGGCCUUUCUAA